GUGAUCUCCCUGUCUCUCCCCUCCAGUGCGCUCUGCAGGCACGAAACACUGGUCUCGUGUCUUGAAGGAGAUACCGACGCUCAAAGCUAGCGCCGUUUUUAAUUGAAGCAUCUUCCGCUCAUUUCGCACUUGAACCCAGCAGCAGUUUGCUUUCGGGUCUAAAUCGCCCCAAACUCAGCACUCUGCUCGACUGAAAUUUGAGCCGCUGUACUGACGAUGGGCAAUCUGUGGUUACCUAUCAUCAGGUGCCUUCGCCAGUCUUGUGAUCUCGUUGCAAAUCCCGCUUCCUCGGGAUAUGUCUUCUACUGAGAUGUCUUCCCGUGCGGAAUUUAUCUGACGAAUCGGCUUUCUACAUCGAACCAGCAUCAUCGAUGCAGUAUAAGAUCUCCUCCCACCACUCAGUACUUCCCCCAAGUCUGAACAUCACACGAUGGUUCUCAAACUUCACGGUUUCUCGCGCGUGGGGGGAGGCACGCAGUCAGUCCUGGUGACCCUCCUCGAGAAACAGGUGCCGUUCGAGAAUUGUACCAUCGACACUGCGAACAACGCGCACCGCUCACCUCAAUACAUGGCGAUGCAGCCGUUCGGGCAGUACCCCGUAAUUGACGACGACGGGUUCAUUCUGUACGAGUCGCGGGCGAUCUGCCGGUAUCUCGAGGACAUGUAUCCGGCGCAGGGAACGAGACUGGGGCCGCCCAGCGGGGAUGUGCGUGCCCGCGCGCUCUUCGAGCAGGCGAUAUCGGUCGAGUCAUCCAACUUCAACCCGCACGCGCACAGCAUAUUUGCUGAAAGGGUGAUCAAUCCCCUGCGAGGCCUGACAUGCGAUGAAUCCGUCGUCGAAGAGGCCCUCCGCAAGCUCUGCGUCACUCUGGAUGUGUAUGAGUCUGUGCUUGGAAAGACGCGGUAUCUCGCUGGCGAGGAAUUCACACUCGCAGAUCUGUUUCAUCUGGCCUUCGGCGCCGCGCUAGCUCAGGCUGGAUGCGGAAUCAUGACGAGUGAUGCCAGACCGAAUGUGGCUCGGUUCGUCCUCUGUCGUCGUGCUUGCGUUAUUCUGACUGUGUGUGGAGAUGGUGGAAAGAUAUCCAGUCCAGACCGGCCGUGCAGAGGUUCCCUCAAGGGACGGUGUUUACCAGUGUAGAUUCUUAUUGAUCGACGAGAUUGUACGGGGUCGACGUAGACUGCAAUCUGAUCCGGAUGAUCCGAGAUCAUGAAUGAAGCGAAA